AAUUAUAGGGAAUUUUCGCAAAAGUGGUAGGGAGUUUCGCAGAAAGCAAAAGUAAUCAAAAGCGGUAUAGUCGUUGGUGGCUGAAUUAAUAAAAAAACUGUAUCAGCUCUGAUAUUCGAUAUUUAAUUUUAGACAAAUUGCUUCAGCAAUAUUAUAAAACAUGACAAUUGCUCAGCAGUUUCUUGGAAAAAAGACUUGUAAACAGCAAGAGGAACCCUUGGUACCACCAUUUGAGACCCCGGCAAAUAUAAAGGAUGCGGAAGAGGGGCGACCUGUUGUGGUUACUAUGCACGCUCAUGUUAGGAGAGUGAGCUCUUUAACUACUCUUUGUAUCUUUGCUACUGCACUACUUGUAUUAACAACUGGUGUCAUGGGUGGAAUGUAUUUGUAUCGCCAUUUUGCUCAUUAUAAGGUUGGACAAAGUGCAAAUCUUCGUCAUUUCCGUGGAUGGUGCUCUGUACCUUAUUUACCAGAUGUUCAACCAGAACCCAAGCCUGUAUCAUCUGAAUUGAAACAAAUGGCUUCUGAAGCAUUGGAAGUGAAUUCUCCUAAAGUAAAUUUUUUUGAGGAAGAACUAGAUAUUGAUGUGAAAUUCGAACAGUAUGAAAGAAUUGAAGUCCCUUCAUUUGAACGUGGAAGACAUGCUCAGUUUGUGCACGAUUUUGUAGCAAAUAAAACCGGUAUUGUGGACUAUGAAAAUAGUCGAUGCUUUGUGAUGGUGUUAAAUCGUAACUAUGUGUUUCCUCCUCGUGUUUUAUAUGAACAAAUAUCCAAAAUGAGAGCUGGAUAUUUUGAUGCUGAUACCCAGAUUGUAAGGCAUACAAUGCAAGUUGUUACACCACCUAUUAGUGAUUUGAAAAAUGUGGGAUUAUUCAUUGCUAGAGAUUGUGCUCAAAUGCCAAUAUAUAUGUUAGAAAAAGCUAAUUCAUUGGUGUUUAAAAGAAGUUUGGAUUCAUCAAGUAAAGAUUUAUUUGUGGAGUUUGCUGGCAACAAAGUUAAUGAAUUUCAAAUCAUUAAUCUUCAUGAUGCCAUUGCUGGUGAUAAUGUUGUUGCCAACUCUUAAAUUUAUUGAACUAUUUAUAUCAUUGUAAUUAUAUCUUUGCUGUUUGCAAAUUAUUAAGCACCAUUUAUGUGUAUUAGUGAUGCUAUAUUGUGGAUGACCUAAUCAUGUAUUACAAUUUAAACUCUCUAGAAAAUUUUAAUUGUGGAAAAUGUCACAGACAUAAGACUGAACUAGUCAUAAGUGAAGUGGCUUUCUGUUUUGUGACAUCAGCUUUGUAGCUUUGUUUUGUUGAAGUGUAUUUCUGUUAUAUAAGUUGACUAGUUGCAUAUACUUAUUCCAUUGUGUUCUUUUUUAUAUCAAUCUUAUUCUAUGUUUUUGCUUUGUUAAAAGUUUGUUAUAACUUAAAAAAUGUGGUUAAAAUGUUGUAAGAAAGAAAAGUAGCAGAUCUUUGAGCAAGGUAACAUUUUUAUCCAAGGAGGUGUAUAAAUGUUGUUUUAACAGUAUUUUGAAAUGGUGAAGCAAUUUUUCCUUAAGACACAUUUCAUGUAUAUUGUUUGAAUUUAUAUAUGAAGAGUGUAAUGAUUGCUUAUAUCUCUUACCAUUUUUUUGUUUUCAAAAUGUAGCUACUUCUGUAGUAAGAAUUAGAUGAGACACAUUUAUAUAUUUUCAUGCUUUUAUUGCCUUUGUAGAUAAAUGCUUUUAAUUGCAUUUAUCUAGCUUUUAUGCAUUUUGUAGCUUUACUAAUUUUUAACAAAUGAAUAUGUUGUCACUGGUUGACUUACAGAAAUUUACUAUUAAACUUCAUAUUAAAUAUAUAUGUUACUGGUUCAUAACUUUUAAUAAACUAUAUGCAAAUUAAGUAGGAAAUAUUUCAUUCUAUUUUCAAUUUUUUUCUUUUAUUAUACUUUUAGUUUUUUCUUAAGUGUAACCUAUUAUUAUGAUCUGAAGAAUCCUAAUUAGUUAAAUUGUUUGAUUCAACUUCAUAAAACUGCUGCAUGCUCUAACAGUUAACCAAUACAAUUUUUUAAUGCUGUUAUGAUUGAAUCUCAUUUUUAAAACUUAAGCUGUUUCUGAUAAUUUAUUUUACUAUUGGAGAGCAAUAAUACAGCAUUGAUUCACUUGUUCUUAGCUUUUUGUUCUUCCUAUUUCUUCUAUCUAUUUUUGCCCUGUUGAAACAGUAGUUUUUGUUCAAUCUUGAAUUUUUUUGCUCAAGAUAUAUUGUGCAAUUAACUAACAAUGCAUAGACAAAGCUUUUAUUAUUUUGAGAGGCUUAUAGUAUUUACUAUAACUGUUAAGUUAUUUGUCAUGUUCUACUAUUUUGAAAAAAGUUAUUUGCUGUUCUAAACAGAAAUAUUAAGAUUGAGUAAAUUUUAUAUUGCUGUUAGUAUUAGACUAUUGAAUUUUCUAUUUGUUCUUAUAGUACAAUCUGCGGAAUCUAUGGGGUUAUUAUUGAGUUUUUUUUUCUCAGUAAAUUAUAUUUUAAAGGUCAGGCUCAAAUCAUCCACCCAAAGGGGCAAUGGAGAAUGAUUGAAACCAUACUUGAUUAAUAAAUAGACAGGAGGGAAAUUACAAAGUAUAAUAUAACAAUACUACAAUGAAAAGGUUAUAAUAAAUAAAAAUUAUUAGCAAUUAUUACAAAUUUGCAAUUUAUCUAAUUAGAUAAAAAAAAAAAUUACGGAAUUGAAGGUACAAAAUCUGGUAAAGACAACAAAAUCCAAUCAAACUCACCUUGUACUGGUGUCUGAGAAAUUCCUAAUUUAUCAAAUUUGUCUUAAAACUCUUGCAGAGUAUGAUAUCCUUAGAACUUUUUUUUUACAAUGCCUACUUUUCACCAUGCAGGCAUUUGAAGGACAGAUUUGUUGGCCACUCUUUCAGGGGCACCAUAUUAGAUGGGCCAACGUUGCUCCCACGUUAAGCACAGAUAGUACAGAGAAUGAAAGAACAUCUAUGCCUUGCCCGGGAUUCAAACCCAGAACCUUUCUGACCCAAGACCAGUUCCCUAACCCCAACACAGGCUAGUCAGCUGCUCUUAGACCUUAAUUUUCUACAUUAUACAUCUUUACUUAAAUUAUUUAAUUCACUAUAUUAUGCAAGUAUUGCUGCCAAGUUAUUUGUUAUUCCUUUAUCAUCAACAUUGUCAGAAAGUUUAGUUAUAAAUACUUCUUGAUAGCAAUCUGCUGUUCUAUUAGUCUAUUUUUAGGGUAUCUGUAUUUAUUUAAUACAAGGUGUAUUUAUUUAUUUGAUAGCUUUAUUUUUGCUUAUUUUUCCAAAAAGCAUAUACUUGUAAUAUCAAGGUGAGCAUAAUCAAACUAAAGUCAUUAUCAUCUUGGAUGGCUUGGUGCUUUCCAAGCAAAUUUAAAGUUUAAAUCUUAGACCAUAAUGUGUGAGGCAAAAAAGUUAGAACCUUUCAGUGUUUGGAGAUAAUUUGAUUACUUUUUAAAGACUUUAUUUCUUUAUAGUAGUAUCAUAAAGCAUUUUCUUUCUAAACAUUUAUUCAUUUUUAAAAGUUUAUAAUAUGCAUUACUUUUUUUUAAUCUAUAUACCUUUGAAAUCAUUCUUUAUUUCUUAUUUUUUUAAAAUUUAUGCUUAUCCCACAUUACUCCAGGACUUAUUUGUUUUACUAAUCACUAUAUCAUUUUGCCAGAAUAUUAAAGCACUAUACCGAAGUAUUUCUAAGCUGGUUAAAGAAAAAAUAUUAAAUUAUAUCCUGUUUGUAAACAGUGUUUGCAAAUGCCUCUGAAUCAAGGCUUUCCUUAAUACUUUUUAAUAGCUUUAUUUUUAUUUAUUUAAAUAUAUGUAUGUGUAGAGAACUCUUGAUAAAGAGUCUAUAUAUUUUUUUUUUAUGUCUUAAUUAAUCAAUAAAAACAUUUAUGUCCCCGAAUUAUAAUGAAUAGUUGUUUUUUUAGUUAUUAUUGAAGGUUAAAUAAACAUUUACUUGACAAAUGUCUAUUGCGUGUCUGUUUUUCUUUUAUUGCUAAAACAAUGUGUCCUUAUUUUACCCUCUAUAUUCAAAAUAUCCAAUAGCAGUGACCAAGAAAUCAUCCCUGUUGUUCAGCUAUGGUUUUACCCUAGAAAAUUUAUUCCCUAAUAAUGACAAGAAAUUGAAUAAUUAGCCUUUAAGUUUACUUUACAAUAACAAUACUGGAAACUUUUAAGUUUGCCAUAACAAAAGGUAAUGUUUUCUUGGAAGAUAACUACUCUACCUUUUUAUUCUUAGUACUACUAGAUAUUGGAAAUUUUUUGUAGCCCUAAUGCAAUACAAAAACAUUAACCUUAGUGGAAUUUUUAAAAUAAGUCAAGUCAUCCUUUAUUAGUUAAAAAUUCACACAUCCUGUAGUGUUUUAUCUUGCAUAUUUUAAAUUACUUUUUUGGAAAGCAUUGUCAUAGCUUAUUUGGAAUAUUAUCAUUCCAACUAUUUUUCAUUUGAAUUUGCAUAACCUGAGUGAAAUUAUAAAAAAAAAAGACAGAGAGAGAAAGAAAUUAAGACUGUCAAUGAACUUGGAAUAUAUUUGCUUAACUUAGCUAAAAAUCUUAAUGGCAUAAUUUGCGAAAAUAUUUUAAUUGUGAUUAUUGAAGUUAUUUGUAAAAUCCUGUUUGUUGUUCUAGUUAUAGUUGAGUAAUAAAUAUUUAUCUGAAUGUU